UUUAGCAUUAUUGGCGGUGGUGCAAAAUGUCUGUUGGAGGAAGAGGUAGCUCGUCACGUGGGAGCAUACUAAAGAGGGGUCAUGCGCCGUUACCGAAUCUUUCUAUUGCGGGAAAACGCGAAACAAAGUGUGAAUCAACCGGAACGAAGGGAACUCGUCGAGGAGGAAGGCGUGAUCGAGGAGGACGUGGAAGGUGUGGACGUGAUCGAGGUCGAGAAACAGGAAGACAGCUGUUGAUAGAGCAACAGGGGAUAUUUUCUUCGGGUUUAAAUGACGACGGGCGACAUAACAGAAUAAAAAGUAGCAUAUCGAGCGAAUUGCGCACAACAAAUUUUGGACGAGUGAAAAAAGUAGAUCCAGAACAUGUGACGAAGGAGAGAGAUAUAAACUCCAUAACGUAUGAAUCAGAAUGGUUGUCUGAUGAAGAGGCUGAUAAUGAGGAACUGCAAGAUUUGCUACGGGAUGGGUUCUUGUCAGACUUGAAACCGGGAAAAGUUGUCCCACUAGUCUUACCAGAAACAGAGCAAGAACAGUUCCAGAAAUUAGUUAAGGAAGAGAAAAACGUGAAUGGUUGUGAAUUUAUGGAUACGAGUCCUCUGCUACCGACAAAGAGAAGAAGGAAGGACAACCAGCACGUUAAAUCGGAAUAUGAAUUUGAAGAAGACGUCAAGAAAUUACAGUUAAAGGAGGAGCCGGAUACAGUUAACACAGUGUUGAAUCCAACCGCAACAAGCAGUCUUAGGGCAGCUACUAUCAUGCGGGAAAUUCAGAAAGAUGAAGAUGAUUCAAUUUUGAUGUUGCAAUUGCCAAGUACUUUGUCCGCUGUCAAAAACUCAGCUGGUCAAGAGGACAGAGCAGAGGGAUCCAAGUCCGAAGAGAACACAUGUCCAACAGUAAAACACUGUCUUGAUGGUUUUGCAAAUGGUAGCAAAGUUGGAAAACUACGAAUACGAAAAGGAGGUCGCAUGGAACUGUCGUUUUGUGGGAUGCCUUUGGAUGUAACUUGUGGUGUUGCUACAAGAUAUAAUGAGUCAGUAUUACUAAUCGAUUCUGAGAGUCAAACAACAGCUUCGACGAUCAAGAGUGAAUGUGGCGAUGAACAGCCACCAUGCAGAGGUUAUAUUCUAGGUAAAAUUGUAGAUUCUUUCAUUUGUUCGCAUAAUCUUCCGGAGGCUCUUGAUAGUAAACGAGAAGAGCAGCAACGAGAUAAACGAAAAUCUUAUGAGAAUAACCAAGGAGAUAAAAGAGAAGAUUUGGAAAUGAAAGACUUACUUCUCGAAUUACGUUCAAUUGAAAAAAAAGAAGAAUCCUGGUCAAAAUGGACUUUAGAAUAUUCGGAUUCUUUGAAAUACGAUGACUCAUAGUAUUUGUUACAUUAGAAUUUCUAUAUUUCCUGGUAUUUGGUUAUUAAUACGCCUGGGAAACAUCUAUGACAUUUCGAGAUGUGCCUUGUCUUUUCAUCUGCUUUUAGACACCUUUAAAUAAGUUCACUUAUAUCUGAAAGUAUUUCCCGGUUCUUUCUGGUUCUCCUAUAUUUUUAUUGUUUUCAGAUGUACACUUUUAAGA